CGCCCCCAAAACACCACUCACCGAAUUAUGGGCAUUGCUCCUCAUGUGUAGCUUAAACUCAGGUGUUCGUGCCCUCCACCCACUUCAUUUCGAAUGAAAUCUGAUUACGUAUCGAGGGUGUGAAGCGCUUCGGAGUGAUACGGUGUAAUUGAAACUCGUGGUGCAGUUUAAACAUUCCACGCAAAUAAGUGUCGUGUGUAGUGUAAGGCUUAGUCGAAGGGAUUACCUUACGUCAUCCGCAGAAAUUAUUUUGAGAGGGUACGCGGCCGUUUAACACCUUGGCAGAAUGUACAGGGUUCGGUACCAGAGAUUCGACAAUGAGAUGACCAUGCCCGGACGCGACGGAGACGAGGUCGACGGGACGCCAACGUCCCCGACGACGCCCAAGGGCAAUGUAGACGCAUCCCAACUUAACUUCCACGUCAUGGCACGACAGGAGAUACCCAGAACAAAAGAAACUCGUACGAAAUCAUUCAGAUCAGCGACAUUGGUCUCAAGGAAAAGGCGAUGGGAGAGGAGGCCAGCGUGAACGGAACAGGUCCCGCCGAAGGAGGAGAUGAGGGCGAAGAAGAUGAACAGAAACAGGUAAUCCAAAGAACGACCAAGUUCUUGGAGUAUGAUGCUGAUCAACAUGAGAUCGAAGUUGAGAUGGGUUUCGAAGAUCCGUCUAAUCCUCCUGUACCUGGUUUCAAUCUCUAUUACAUGCAGUGGCGGACUCGCAGAUUUGUCGAACACUUCGUUGUGAGACUCUUGACAGCCAUAUUGAUCUUGGUGGAUAUGAUAAUUUUGUUUGUGGAUCUUUUCAACCCCCAUGUGCAAAAUGACCCAUUGGAAUACUGCUCUCUUGCCUUCUCUACUUACUUCAUGAUAGAAGUUAUACUCAGGAUAUUUGGCUUAGGGCCUAAAGUGUUCUUCAGAGCAUGGCACAAUGCUCUUGACUGUUUUCUCGUUGUAUUUACCUUUAUUCUUUCUGUUGUAACUGUCUGCCUAGAAAACAUGCCCUCCAACCCUGCCAGCUUGGUUGUGGCUCUUCGUUUAGUUCGACUAGUAAGAAUAACUAGAAUACUGUGGGAGCGGAGGCACCUGCAGAGAGGUGCUCGCCAGUUUGUGUCACAAAACAAAAGACGUUAUCAGCAGCAUGGAUUUGAUCUUGACCUUACUUACGUCAUGCCAAGAGUCAUAGCCAUGUCAUUCCCGUCCACUGGUAGAAUGUCCAUGUAUAGAAAUGAUAUUAAGGAAGUAGCUCGCUUUAUGGAUACCCAACAUCCUGGGCAUUACCGUCUGUAUAAUCUUUGUUCAGAGCGGCACUACGAUGAGACACUUUUCCAUGGGAGAGUCGAACGAUUCCACAUUGAUGACCAUAAUGUCCCACCACUCACGGAUAUGCUGCGCUUCAGUGCCAGUGUGCAGGAAUGGAUGAAACAAGAUGAUAGUAAUAUAAUUGCUGUGCACUGUAAAGGAGGUAAAGGUCGAACUGGUACAAUGAUAUGCGUUUUCCUGAUCGAUCUGGGCGUUUUCCAAGAUGCAGAGCACUGCCUAGGCUUCUUUGGAGAUCGUCGAACUGAUAAAAAUGUAGCAAAUAAAUUCCAAGGUGUGGAAACACCAAGCCAGAGUCGGUAUGUUGGUUAUUAUGAAAAAGUCGUCGUAGCAGGAAGACAGCUGCCACUGGAAAUUCCUAUGAUUAUCACAAAAAUAACUCUUCAUGGGAUGAACACUGUGGGUGCAGGUGAUGGCUCUGAACUAAGGUUCACUCUGCAGAGUCGUGCCCACACUAUACCAUUCCAGGCUCAUCUUGGUAUGCAAAAAAACUGCAAGGUGAUGGUAGAAAGAGAAGCUUGGGGUUAGUACAUAUCUUCCUACUCAAUUCUCCAGUUAUUCGAGGUGAUACUAGGAUUAUGUUCUUUACUGAAAGU